GCUCAAACACCGCUGACCACUGCCAUGGUGGCAAAACAUGAAAGUUAGAAACUUUUCAUGCUUCGUUUUUUUCCCCAUGAAAACGCAAGGAAUAUUCAAUAACAUAAUGAUAUAGCAGGGGCGCCGUUGAAGAUAUUCAAGAAAGCUAGUCUGGAGAUUUUUAUUUCCCUUAACGUGGAAAGACGUUGAAAUGGCAGCCAUCAGCGAUAGAAGCCCAGAAAUGGAGACCGCAAAUGGACAUGGCACACUGCCUGUCGAUGGAGACAUGUCUGACACAAAGCAGCCAAUGCAACCCUUACUUGCACAACCAGGGAAAAGCACGCCUGGAAAGCUUGAUAGCCUUCCUAAGGAGGAACUCAUUAAAUUUGUCAAAAAGCAAAUGGCAUUAUUGAAACAAUCAAGAUCAAAGUGUGAAGAAUUAAGCUCUCAGCUCAACCAGGAGAAGGAGGAGAUCCAAAGGCUUGAAGCAGAGAAGUCUUCCUGGCUUGCACGUGGGGUACAUGCUGAGUUUGAGAAAAAGAACAAGAUCAUGAUGAAAGAAGAAGAGCUAAAAAUGGCAGCUGAGCUUGGAAAAAAGAUGCUGGCUGAAAAUGAUGAUAUAAAAAUGAAAUACGGAGAGCUCAGCAGAGAACACGAAGAAGUAGUUAAAGAACUAGAUGAAGAAAUCACAAGAGUAACAACAGACAGGAAUAACCUACGAACAUCCCUGAAAACCUUACAGGCCAAGUACGAACAAGCCAUGCAAAAGAACAAGGAGUAUGAGAUAGCUAUUGACAGGCAAGGGUCUGAUGAUGAAAAAAAGCUGGAGCAAAAACAGGCAGAUAAUAAGAUGCUACUACAAAAAAUUCAGAAACUCCAGGCUGAAAGAGAGCAAAAUCAGUCGACAAUAGAGAAACAGGAUCAAGAGAAGAGCAAGUUAACUCAAACCUGCAGGGACUUGAAAGCCAAGCUAGACACCUUACGUGCUGAGCUGAAGAAAUUGAAAGAGAAAAGAAAGACUCCUGAUGAUAAAGCCAUGGAAGAACUAAACAUGGAAAAUCAGAAACUGCGAGAAAAUCUGGAACAGUUUUCUGUGGAGCGGGAGGAUAUGAUUAAGGUUCUCAAGUCCUUCAAGGAGCAACUCAAAGUCAAGGAGCAGAACAACCAGGAAUUGCAGUCUCAGCUUGCUGUACUUCAGAAAGUAAAAAAUGAAGUCUCCAGUAAACCCAGUACUUCCCAGAAACCUAGAAAGCCAGUGACAGCAGCUAGGAACUCAAAUCAGUCUACAGACACCUUGAUCCAGGAAAAUGAAGAACUUAGAGGAAGCAUUGAGAGCUUGUCCAGUGAGAUUGAGAUAAAAAGUGCGGAAAAUGAACAUUUGCGUAAUGCCCUGGACACCUUGCACAUGGAGUUUGAAGGCAGAGACUUGACCAACAAGGAUACAGAGCUUGAGCUUGAAGCUGUCUUGAAGGAACGCGACGAAAAUAAGUUUUAUGUGAAGGAGCUUUGCGACGAGUUAGAUAAAGUGAAGGCGGAGAAAGAGAAGGCUGUCAAAGCAAUCAAGACGCUGAAAAUCACACACGAGAAGCUGAAGUUGAAGCUUAAAGAGAUCAGUACUUCACAGGAGGAUCUGACCAGAGUGUCGGCAAAGGAUGUGAAAAAGAGGUUGGCGGUCAUGAAGGUGGAAAAAGACGAGGUCGAGGGAUCUCUGAGAGAAGCCAGGAAGGAGAUUCAGGCGGCAGAAGAGAAGAAUAAGGAAUUGAUGUCCGAAUUCCAAAAGGUGUACUCAGAUAACGAAUCCCUUCAGAAGAGAGUGAGUGAGUUGGAGGAGCACCAGAAAGUCAUAGAAGAGACGAAUGAGACUCUGAAAAAGCAACACGAGACGGUUCUGUUUGAGAAGGACGAACUUACGCUUACCAUCAAGACGUUACAGGAGGAAUUCAACACGAUGCUACAGGAAUACGAGAAAUUAAAGGCUAAGAUGGAAAACUUGCCAACCGAGAUGGAUGGUCAAUCUUCCAAUGGAAUACCCAAGCAACAUCAGGACGAAGCAGAGAAAGAGAAAGCGGCUAACCUCAUCCGGGACCUUAGGGAGGAACUCAAGCUCAGUGUCGUGAGAGAACAGGAACUGAAAGCGGAACUGGAAGUAAAGAACAAGACUGAGGCCGAGUCUGAUAAGAUAAAGGAAAAACAAAAGCAUUUGCAGCAUAUGAAGGCGGAGAAGGACAAGGUUCAGGCGGCGUACAACGCUCUCAAGAAACAGUGGGAGGAGCAUAAGUUGACGUGUAAUAAGAGCAACCAGGAAUUAGUCAACAAAGUAAAGUCUCUUAACGAUGACAAGCAAAAACACAUGAAGCAGAUCAAACUGUUAACCGAGCAAAAAAGAGCUCUAAAGGAAUCCAGCGAGGAGGCGAAAAGGCGAGUUGCUUCCUUAACAGAGGAGAGGAACGGCCUAGAAAAGACUAACAACGAACAAGAGGCAGCGAUUCGAGACGUGAAUGAGAGGAUAGCGGGGAUUGAAGAAGAGAAGCGAACCUUACAGAGGCAGGUGGCGACUCAAGCGAAUGAAAGAAGCGCUCUUCACAGUGAUUUGUCCGCAGUUAACGAGACCGCGCAGAAUAUUGAGCGAGAACGCGAGGAUUUCAGAGAAACUGCUGAGAGGCUGACUGAAGAGAACACCCGUCUUCUCCAGCGCGUCUCUACCCUGGAAGAGGAAAUCUCAAGGUGUAUGAACGAGAAAGAGAUCCUUGCUGAACAGGUCUUUAAGCUAAUGACCGAGAAGGCGUCACCUCAAACAUCUGAGAACAAUGUUCAACUCGUGGUUGACCAAGAGGGUGAAUCACUAACUAAUGUUAAUCCAGGCGCACAAGCAACAGAAGGGAAGGGUGCAGAGACACAUGGUGCGGGAGAGGUCAGAGGGGCAGGAGACGAGGGAGUUGCGCGCGUAAAUGACCUUGAAUCCAGAGUGGUCACCUUGACGGAGGAGCGCGACGCUGUGAUCCAGGAACUAGCGACUUUGACGGAGAAGAUGGAAGCGUUGGAAAAGGACAGGGAUGAACUAGAACUGAAGCUACGUGGCUCAGAAGAGGAGGAUAGCACAGUUCAAGGGAUGAUCAAAAUAAUCGAGGACAAACUACAGGCCACGGAGUCAAUGGUUCAGGAGCAAAGCGGCGAGCGUGAACGACUUGAGGGUCAUCUAGCAGAGAUCACCGAAGAGCUCAGUAAGGAAAAGGCUGGAAAUAAGGGUCUGGUUGAUGAGAUUGAGAAGCUAAAGAUCAACAAAGCGCUGCUCGAAUCUCAUGUAGCGGAGUAUGAAGAGAAAGCUCAAGAGAUGUCUAAACAGAUUGAAGAAUUAAAGAAUUCAGAGGAGCAGAAAGCUGAAGAAGAGAAGAAGGCGAAGAGAGACGCUAAUGACCACGUGAAUCAGUUGCAGGAGAAACUUGGAGCGGCGAUGAGAGACCUGGAUAAAGCGAAUGAUCACGUGAAUCAGUUGAAGGAGAAACUUGGAGCGGUGAUGAGAGACCUGGAUAAAGCGAACGAGAGAAACAAGGAGUUAAACGAGUCCGUGAUUCAAACACAGUCAGAGAAAGACACGAUCAAGCACUCGCUUCACAUGAUGGAAGAACAGUACAAAGGGCUUAGACAGCAACAGGAGGAUCAUCGCUCGACUGUGAAUGAGCUGGAGACGAAGCUUGAGGUGUUAUCUAAAAAACUUCUCGUUGCCAACGAAGAGAAAUCGACGCACGAAGCUGAGAUAGAGGACAUCUUCAAGGCGCACGACGAGUUGGAAGCCAAGUACAACGACGAAGUUCGCGAGAAAAAGGAACUGCACGAGUACAUCGAGCGACUUCACGAAGAGCAAGAAGACUUGCAGGCCCAGUACUGUUCUCUCUCCAAGGAGCACAAGGUGAUCACUGAUCGACUCGCCGAGAUCCACUGCAGCCAGCUGAACAGCGAGUCGCAGCAUUAUCAGCAGCUGACAGACCUACAGCAGCAAAACGCCUCACUGCACGAGGAGUUUUCCCAGCUUAAAGAAACUUGUGAUACUCUGAACUCCUCAUUCGAAGAGAAGGACCACGAACUCGUCGAUCUGACUGAGAGGCUCCGUGAGAAGACACGGGAAGUAGAGUCAUUAACGACGCAACUAGAAGAAGCCAAGUCAGCCUUACAGAGCAAAAAGCAAGAGCUUGAAAAUACACUCAACGAGCUCAAACAGAAGAAAACGCAAGGAGAACUUCAGAGAAACACGGACAGCUUACUGAAAACCGUUGAGGAAUUGAAGCAAGAUAAAGAAGAGGAUUUUAAAUACUUUGAAGACCUGAGAAGCUUGGAGGAGAAAAUACGGCUAAAGGAUGUGGUAAUAGAUGAGUUGAAAACAAGUCUUGAGACUUGCUCCAAGGAGAGGGACGAAUUGGUGGAAAGUAAUAGAAAUUUAGGCUCAGAAUUGAAGGCUUUAAAGAAAGAAAACGAGGAACUGGUCAGCCAAGUUGAGAGCCUUAAUCAAAAGGUCGAACAGGUCGUUUGCGAUAAUAGCAAGGAAUUAUCUGAUUUGAAGGAGAAGUUUGAGCGUGAGCUUCAAGAAAAGAGAACGACGAUAAGAGAAACCAAAGACAUUUCAAAUGAAGAGAUAGCAACAUUGGAACGUAAAUUUGAAGAAAGGGAAGGCGAGUUUAAAAGUCUUUGUGAGAAGCUACGUGCACUGGAGACAGAGCUGUCUGAGUUGAAUAGUGCUAAACAUAAAUACUCAGAGGACGGUAAAGUCAAAUCGAAGGAAUUAGAUGAAAUUAAAGAGGCCCUAUCAAUAAAGGAUAAGGAUAUCGAAAAUUAUAAUCUAGUUAUUGAAAGUUUGAAUGAAAAAUUGCAGCAGGGUACACAAGAUUUAGUAGCAUCAAAUGAACAUUCAAAAUCUCAACAAUCGGAAAUAGAAAGUCUUCGCUCACAAAUCGAGUCUUUGAAUAAGUUUUACAACGAGAACCAGUCCGCUGAGGAAAAGCUACAAGGACAGAGAGAGGUGCUGGAUUCUCUGAACGCUAAAGUUAAAGAAUUGGAAGAACAAUUAGAACUGAAGGAUUCUGAUUUGGAAGUUUUGAGAAGAGAUUUUAAGGAGGCUGAGAAUAGUAAACUGGAGACAGAGCGACAGCUGAGCGAACUUUCUAAGGAAACUUGUCAUUAUAAAGAGAAAGUUGAAAAACAAAACCAAGAAAUACAGGAACUCCAAUCUAAAAUCAAUCUUUUAUACAAAGCAGUUGAAGAAAAGGACUCCGAGAUAAAUAACCAAAAAAUUGAAAAUGAUAAUUUGGGCAAAGUUGUUGAUUCUAUGAGAGAAAAUCUCCAAUCGAUUGAGUCUGAAAUUAUUCAAAGAAACGAAGAAAAUUCUUUAUUACAAAGCCAGUUGAUUUCAUUCAGGGACAGUACGAGCGAAAAGGACGAGGAGCUACAUAAAUUACGAGCUUUAACUGAGGAAUACAAACUUAAAUGCGAGGAGCUUGAUGCUAAGGUUUCCGGACUGGGUGAAGAGUUAGAGGCAAAGAGACUCGACGCGAAGGAUUUGGAGGCUAAACUGUGCGAGCACAAGCAGCAAGUGGAAUUCCUGCAGUCCCACAUGUCUAGUGUUAGCGGACAAAUGAAGGGGCAAGAGGCUCAAGUAACACAAUACACGCAGCAGUUGGAACAGCUCAAGGCAGCCCUUGAUCAGUCGAAAGACAACUAUGCUGUUCUUGAGAAGGAGACAAUAGAGAAAGAUGAAAAGAUGGCCAAACUCAAGCAGGUCGCCAUUAAAGCAAAGAAAGAACUUGAAAACCAGAAGAAACAGGCUCAAUUGGAAAAGGAGGAACUGAUAUCUGUGAUUGAGGGAAUGAAGGAAGAUGCGGAGACCCUUAACAGUAAAUUCGCCCAGCAGCAGGACGAGACGCGUCAAGAAAUCUUCCAAGAGCUACAGGCACAGCUAGACUUUUCACGUAACGAGCUGACUUCCGAGAAAUCCAAGGUUGAGAAGGCAGAGAAGGAUCUUGUGGAUGCCGCGACUCAAUUAAGCAAAGCACGUGAAGAGUCCGAGACCCACAGAAACGAAAAGGACGCCCUUGCCACAGAGCUCUCCAAUGUCAAGACAAUUAAAGAGAAUGUCGAGACUGAGCUUCAGAAAGUCAAGGAGCAGCUGAGUGACCAGGCCUGUCAACUCGAGGCUAUACAAACUCGCGAUGCGGAGCGAAUCGCGGAGAUUACUCGUCUUGAAGAACUCGAGAAGAGCCAGAAGGGGCUGGACGAGCUCAACAAGCAAAUCACAGACAUGACGCGUGAACUACAAGACACCCAAACGAGGCUAGAGGCCGAGAAACAAGACCACCAAGGGGACAAAACUCAACUGGAGGACACAAAGAAACUGCUUGAAGCCGCCAAAAAGGAAGCGAGUCAGAACAGCCUGAUGAAUUUAGAGAUCGCCGAUUGCCAGCGCACACUUGAGUCUCUACAAGCAAAGCUCGCGGAGAGAGAGCAGCAGCUGACAGACGCCCAGGACGAGAUCGGACACCAAGAGAGAAAGAUCGAGGACAGCCGCGCCCAGAUAGGCGCAGUUGAGAGUCAGCGGCAGCAGACCGAAGAACGUGCGCUUAAGAUGAAGGCGAUGUUGGUGAAGACAAAGAAAGACCUCGCUGAAACCAAGAACCAGCUGACGGCGCUGACCAGCAAUGAGGUGCGGCUCAACACCGAGCUUGAGCAUGCGCGCCAGCAAGAGGAGACAUGCAAGGUGCAAGUGGCGGAGCUUACGGCGGAGAACCACGCCUACCAGCAACAGAUACGCACAAUAAAUGAAAACACUAAACGCACGGUCGACGGACUGGAACAGAAAAUGGCCAAGGUCAUGGCGGACUGUGAAGCUGCAAGGGCUUCCCAGGAUGCAACGCUGGCAGAGUUUGAAAACUACAAGACGAGAGUUCACAGCGUCCUCAAGCAGCAGAAAACCAAGCCGGUCCACUCACCGGACAUGGACCCGUCCGAAAGAUCAAGGCUUGAACAAGUGGUUGAACAGCUAAAGACAAAAAUACAAGAAGCAAACGACCAGUACGUGAGCCUGCGAUCAGAUUACGAGGAGCUUGAGGGUGAGCAUGAACGCCUGACGUCGAGGCACAGCCGAGUGACGCAGGACCUGGAGGAGAAAGAGACGGCUUGGAGACAAAGGAUUCAGCAGCUUCAAUUGGAUAGCACGAACAGUACCGAGCACCAAGCGGAAACCAUCCGACACCUCUCCGAGCAGAACGAGACUAUAUCGAAUACUUACAAGGAGAAAAUCGCUAACUUAGAAACACAACACAGUCAGGAAAUGGAGCGGUUACAAACCAAGCUAAUAGAAACUGAGGCGCGGUUACAAAAGACGAUACGCGACCAGGCCUCAACACAGGGAUCCCGGUCGCCGCCUCACUCACUCAACCUGCACGCUACGAAAAGCACUGAAGAGAGAGAAUCUGGGGAGGUAAUGAGCGUUGAGGGUAUGGAUCAGAGCGAACUAGAGGAAAGCGAUGUUCGUUCCCAGUCCGGCUCGGUCCCGACCUCCCCAGUGACCCCUUCAGCGGCGUCGGUGCUUGAGAAGGUCUUGUCACCCACGGCCUCCACGUCUUACGAGUUCCCCUCCCUGCCGUCACCUUUGGACGAGACGACCCUGGUGCUGAACUUGACGGCAGCGAAUCGCAAGAUCGAGCACAUGACCGAGUUACUUCGCGAUCAUGAAGCAAAUUCUCUACGACUCACUGAGCAGACGAAAAUUCUGAAGGAAGAGAUCAGAAGAUUGGAGAGGAACCAAGAACGCGAGAAAGAGGCCGCGAAUCUCGAGUAUCUUAAGAACGUUAUACUUAAGUUCAUUCAGUGCGGACCGAGCGAGCGUGAGCAGCUAGUGCCAGUCCUCAACCAGAUGCUCAAACUCAGCCAGGAAGAGAAAACCAAAGUCACGCAAUUUGCCAAAGGUGAUAAUAACGACGAUAUUCAGCAAGAGGGCGUGUCCAGCUGGUCUAGUUACGUGUAUCGAUGGACCUCCUUCACAUGAUAGUAAUGAGUGCUAAAUACAGGAUUCGCACCUACUGCUGGAUAGAGUUUAGGAUAUCAAAAUACCGUGGAACCCCUAUAUAACGGGCAUCCAUUAAGCAGACAACCUCUAUUUAACGGACAUUACCAAAGUCCCGAUUUAAGGUUUUUCCGUCAAACCCUAUAAAUAGAACCUCUAUAAAGCGGACACCUCCAUAUAACUGUCGGUUAUAGAGAGGUUUCAAUGAUACAGCUUCCGAAGCUAGCUUAUCCUCAAGGAAUGUAUUUCUGCGACUUCAUCCUUUUUGAUUAUGGUUAAUCAGUAUGUUAUGUCUAAUCUGUCUCUUGGAUAAGCCUAGAAUAUAUUUCAUGAAAAGAUGCCGAAAUACAGAUAAGAGGGGGAAGGAUAUUUUUUUUUUUUGGGGGGGGUGGAUGUCGGGACUAUUUCACACAAAAAUUUUAUUUGUAAGAACUUGUGAAUGUUAAUGAAUAUUAUUCAAUGUACCAUUUUAUCAACGGGUUAAACAAAUAUUUAAAUAAAUUUAUUUAUUGAUGGACAUUAAAUGAUAUGAAACUGUUAUUUUUAUCAUAUGGAUAGAGGAAUAAGAAUUGCUUUUAGAAUUAACAAAGGAUCAUUAAAGAAGUCAAGGCAGUUUUUAUCAAGCUCGAGUUUAAUUCGGUAGAGAACGCUCACUUGGCCUAUGAGCAGCACUAGUAGCUUUAUUGUGCUUGGUAGUGUAUUUUUGUAGAUUUAUAGAUCUCAUAAGAAAUAAAGCUGAAUUGAUACUGCA